AUGGUGGAUGGAAUUUGUCGUGUUAUGCAAGACAUCGAUUUGGGGGUUAAUGAUGAGCCUUUUGUUCGGCCACAGGCGGUGAUUCAACAAGCGGCAGAAGAGAAUCAUUUCUUUCUUGUGGGCCAACCGGUUAUGCCGAGAAGACAAAACCUUUGUGUCAUCAUUGCUGCGAUGCCUCGAACUUGGGGUUUGGAAGGUAACGUUCGUGGGAGAAUAACUGAAGGUAGAAUAUUUCAGUUCGUCUUUCCAUCUGAGGAAGCCACGGAAACGGUGAUUUGUCGGGGUCCAUUGGCGUAUGCUGAGAGAAUGUUGGUCCUUCAUCGUUGGGCUCCUCUGAUGGAUGUGGAUCUCCUCAACUACAUACCUUUAUGGAUUCAGAUCCUAGGGAUUCCCUUCCAGUUCAUGAACAGAGAGGUCAUUCUCCACAUCGCCCGUGCAAUGAAUCAGCAAUACAUUCAAAUGGAGUAUAAUGAAGAGAAUGGCGCUUGUGUCAUCAACAAUGAAGGUUUUGCACCAGAUGGAAACGAUGACAGCGAGAUUGUUGAAGAGGAAGAGGCUGCUGAUCCAGAACCAGAAGUUUACCAGAUUCAAGAUGCAUAUGAGAGGAAUGUGGCUGCUUGGGAGGCAGAAAAUGAUGAUGAAGAACUCUGGGAUGGACAUGGAAUGCAAACCAUGUUCUGA